UCUUUUAAGAAGCCCAAAACGACAUUUGUUGCCCAUUUGAUUUGUGAACGUUGGUUUUCUCAACCGGAGAAGUAUCAGAAAACAGGUGAAGAUCAAUGGAGUGCGCCGGAAAGGGAAGUGGAACUCGGUGCUUAGGUCCGCCCAGAAAGCGCUGCGGUCGGUGUGGAGCCGUUGCUUAUUGCUCUGCGUCUCAUCAGAUUUCACACUGGAAGGAACAUAGAGAAGAGUGUGAAAGGUUAGAGCAGCAAAUGAAGCACUUAGAUUUGUUGAAUGAUUUUCCUUUCACGUUUUCUCAAGAAGCUACAAUUCAGAUUAGUGAAAAGAAAGAGAGCAGGUGUUCAUUCCUGAGCAGGAGGGGCAUUCAUCAAGUGGGAAUGUGGAUUUGUGAAUGCUCUUGCGGUGCAUCAGUUACAUCCUUCGAUUAUUCCAGGUCUGAAAGUCACACCUGGAAUCUCUCAAAUAUUCUGUGCCCAUGUCGUGGGCCUGCAUCUCCCAUAGCAAAAUCUUUGUGCAGUUGGAAGGAUUACUAUGAAUGGAGAUGCAUACCGCUACAUUCACCUGUUGCUUUGCUUCUUCACUGGCCACUUACAGUGUAUCAUGCCAUACAAAUUGCUGGAUUGGGAAGCUUGACCUCUGAAAUCAGUAAACUGUGCAUACACUAUCUCGGGCCUGAGAAAGAGCUUCUGCAACUUGCUGUCUUUGGAGAGUUAUGUGCACUCUUUCCUGGGGUUCUUGUCCAAAUUGAGCUUAUUGGACCUGCAGUACCACAUCAUAGGGAUGGAGAUAAGAUUGAUUUACACAGCUAUGCUCAUUGCAUUGAGAAAGAUUGCGAUUGCAAAUAUGAAAAUGAGAGCAAGAGCUGUGGAAUAGGUACUCGUACAUCUUCAAGGGUGACACUGCAGCUCCAUAGAGGAUACUAUCAUGAUCGUUUCAGAGAUAUAUCUAAGGAUUCCUUUCCACAUUUAGUUAUUGCUCCAAAUGCUGGCAUUGCAGCUUAUUCAAGUUGGUUACCAACUAUUGAGCUACUAAAGGAGAUAAAUGCCCCUGCAGUGUUUUCUGAUUAUUGUGAAGAAGCUUGUCAUCUUGCAGCUUUCUGCAUAAACACUGUGACAUGCCAGCCUCCCAGGCUUCCUGUUCAAUUAAAUCCAUUCAGGCAGCCAAUGGUGGUAGAAGACAAUGCCCUGAUUCUUCCUUGCUAUUCCAACUGCUUCCUAUUUGGUAUGUGAAGUGAUUUGCUCCCAAUAUUAUUCGAUGGAUUUAUUAUCUUCUCCAAGCAAAUAUUUGCGGCUCUUACAUUAAAGGAGAAUGUAACCAAGAAUCAACAACUUACUUGGUGAACAAUGUAUAGACAACAUCAAAAGGUUCCUUCAGUAAAGAGUUUGGAGACGACAACACAGAUAUCAGAAAGAG